CAGACUAAAUAAUUAAAUUCAAAUUGAAUUUUGUACAGAUAUAUUCAGUAAAAUUAAUAUAUUUUAAAAAAGUCAGCAAUAAAAAAAUCAUAUAUUAGUUUAAUGAAUUUAUAAGUUACUUAUAACUGUGUUAUCAAUUUACAAAAAAUGUAUUGUGGAAUUUUUAUGAUAACAUUUAUAUUUUUUGGACUUUCGUUUUCUAUGAAUACCAGAAAAGAAAAAAUAGAAUAUGCAAAAUAUCUAAUUCGAGUGAUGAAUCAUAUUCGUAUUCAAGAAGGUUGGAAUAAUAUAAAACACUUAGAAUUGAAAAUGGAUUCAUUACAUGAUAAACCUCUUCAAGAAAUUUUUGCACAAAAUGUUGACAGUGAAAAUCUUUUAGAACUGUCAAUUAUCAUUAUUGAUUUACUAAACAACAUAUAUAUUGAAGUAAUAAGAUCAUUUUUGGAGUUUCUUAGUUUAAUUAUAAACGUAUGUAAAAUAUAUUAUGCAGACAAUUUAUUUAAAGAACUCAUUGAUUGUAUUGAAUUACUUGAGAAUGGAGUAAAAAAAUCAACGUUUUUAUUUGAAAAAUUGUAUACAGCAAUUACAUUUAUCAGUAAUUUAAAUAUAAAAUAUGCAUUUUUUAAAAUAGAGGGCAAUCCUUUUGUUGUGGUUGAUGAAAUAUACUUUGUCAAGCAAUUUACGAGUAACAUAAAAUUAACAGAUUGGACAUUUUAUAGAAACCCUUGUGUGGAUUUUGACAAAAAUGUAGCACUAACUGUAAUUAGUAAUAUUAAUAAAUUCGCUAAAGAGUUAGUUGAAAUGAUAUUUAACAUUAAAGGAAAUCAUAAUAUCUUAGAAAAUUUCCCCUAUCAAAUAAAUAUUAAAUUUAUGUUCGAUAAGUUAUACAACUACAAUAUAGAUAAAUAUUCGGAUUAUCAUAAUUUUAUUUUACACCAACUCGAUACAGUUUAUGGUCAUAUAGCAAAAAAUGAAUUUGACAACUUUGGAUUUAACGAAUUACUUUAUCCUCAGAUAUUUAAAUCUCCAUUGCUUACGCCACCACCGGACGAUUCAAAAUCUCCAGGAUAUAAAGUAAAAGCUAUGGAUAUACUUAUUAAUGAGAUUAAUUGGGAAUCUUUGAGUGGUAUAUCAAUACUGGAAUACCAUCAAACAAUUAAGUCUAGCCGUGUAUUCAGAGAUCCAGUUAAUGUUUAUAACUUCCAACUCAAAAAAACAUAUAUUUUAAUUUUGUUGAGAUGUAGGUUUUUUGAAAUAUUAUCAGAAUACCUUUCAUAUUUAACUGCAAUUGUGCAAUUAUGUAACGAGGAAAAAGGAGAUUUAAAGUCUACAAAAUCUCAAAUUAAAUAUAUUGAAUCGGUGCAACAAAUAUUUGAUACAUUUAAAAGUUCUCUAGAUUUUUUUAAUUAUAUAGAUACAGCAAUGAUGAAUUUAAUGAAAUGGUCGAUUUGGAACCAUUAUAGCGUAGAUGUAUUUUUAUCGCCCAUAAAAUUAUUGGUAAAUAAUUUUAUUAAACAGAUAAAUGAAAAAAAGUUGUUACGUGAUGUUUUUGCUAACACAGAAAAUUUAGAUUUAAUAAUUAUAGCAAAACAACAUCUAGAUGAUUUAAAAAAUGUCUGCAUUAUUUUUAAUAAAAAUAUUGUAAGUGCAAAAAAGAGACAGAAAGAUCUAUGUCAUUUUAAUUCAGAUUUUAGAACUUAUAAAAAUAAUAUUAAAAUUAUUAGCAAGAAAAAUGCUGCUGUAUUUAACUGUACUAAAGGUAACGACCCGAUCACUAACAGUCAACAGGCUUGUAAGGAAUUUCAUAUAUAUAAUCAAAAUUUUAUCAACUAUGAAUAUAAAAAUCUAGGGUUUCAUAAAAUUUAUUAAAAUAUUUUUUUAUAUUUCAAAAACUAAUCGUUAUAUAUUUUAACCUUUUAAUAAUAAUACUUUUAGCAUUUAUUUUUAGUCAUUAUUUAAUAAAAUAGAUGUAAAUUAGAUUAUUUUAUUUUAUUUUUAGUUUAUUUAUUAAUAAUGAUCUUUAUUGAUUUGUU